GUCACUCUGACUGGCUCUCCAUUUUGUUUUCCACGGCGGAACCUUUUUUGCUACAUCAAAUUGCAUUUUUAUACCAAUUACUCGAGCGUUUUCGUAAAUUUAAGUGUUAAAAUCCAACCUUUGAACCAUGGGACGCAAGAAGAAGAAGGCCUCCAAACCCUGGUGCUGGUACUGCAACCGAGAGUUCGACGAUGAGAAGAUCCUGGUGCAGCACCAGAAGGCCAAGCACUUCAAGUGCCACAUCUGCCACAAGAAGUUGUACACCGGACCGGGGCUCUCCAUCCACUGCAUGCAGGUGCACAAGGAGACGGUGGACAAGGUGCCCAACUCGCUGCCCAAUCGCUCAAACAUUGAGAUCGAAAUCUUCGGCAUGGACGGCAUUCCGGCCGAGGAUCUCAGGGAUCACGAGCGCCAGAAGAAUGGCGGAAAGUCGGACUCGGACGAUGAUGAGCCGGUGGCCAAGAAGAAGGUGGAAUAUGCCAUGAGCGUACCGCCGCCCAUGAUGAUGCCCCCGAACAUGAUGCCGCCACACAUGCUCGGCCAAUAUGGCAUGGGCAUGAUGCAGCACAUGCCGCCACUGCCUCCGUAUCCAGUGCCCAUGAUGCCGCACAUGAUGCCGCCGCGUCCCCUGUUUCCAGCCGCCAUGGCCACCACCUCGGCGGCAGCCGCUGCGGCGGCGGCCCACCAUCACCAUGCCGCCGCCAUGGCCCAGCAAAAGCCAACAUUUCCAGCGUACAGUAAUGCUACCAUAAGUGCUCCGCCCACCACCAAUCAUGCUGGUGGCGCAUCCAGCGCACCACCAAGUGGUCCGCCCGAUGCCCAGCCACAUCAGCAGCGACCGCCGGCUCCGCCCGCCGCCAGCGGAGCUGCCGGCGCCGCUGUGACCACCAAGAUCAUGCAUCCGCAGGAGGACUUGAGUCUGGAAGAGCUGCGCGCCAGGCAACCGAAGAUACAGGCGCGACUGGCUGCCGCUAUGGCCGCCCUGGCGAAUCCACAGAGUCGGAAAAGUCCCAGCAACAAUGGCGGUGCCUCCGCGCCGAUGCCCGCCACCCCGCCGCCCCCCUCGCUGGCCGGGAUCUCGCCCACGGGCAGCAACAGCAGCAGUGGCAUGGCUAACGCGAUUGUCGUCUCCACAGCCAUGUCGAAGGCCCAGGAAACCGCCGCUCUAGUAGCCGUGGCACAGGCUCAGGCUCAGGCGCACGCCCAAGUGGCCCAAGCUCAAGCUCAAGCUCAGGCCCAGGCUCAAGCCCAAGCUCAGGCGCAGGCCGUGGUCCAGGCACAGGUGCAAGCAGCCCAUGUGGCACACGCUGUGGCAGCCCAGCAGCAGGCGGUGCAGCAGCAGCAGCAGCAACAACAACAGCAGCAACAGUCGGCGGUGCAGCAGCAGCAGCAACAACAGCAGGCGGUAGCUCAGCAACAACAUGCGGCAGCUCAGCAGCAGCAGGUGAAGCAACUGGAGGAACUGAAUCGGGCUGUGAUGCUCCAGCGCUUUCAGGCUGCCCGACAGCCGGCAAAUCCUGGCGCUGCGGCAGCGGCUGCGGCGGCCGCAGCCGUCGGCAUGAUGCCGCUACCUGGUCACAUGCAGCUGAUGCAGCCGAUGCUGAGACCGGCCAUGGCCAUCGGUCCCCACGGAGCCCUCAUCGGCGGGAAUAUGCUGAGAGCAGCCGGUGGGCACGGAUUCAACGGCAUGCCUGCAGGCCUGCUGCCCAUGCAGAUUGGAUUGCCGGGAAUGCCGGGCGCCUUGCCAGCCGGAGCGAUGGCGAUGCCCGGAAUGGGCGUGAUGCUGCCGGGACAUCCCAACAUGCUGCAGAUGAUGCAGCCGCGCUUCAGAUGAUGUCUGCCCGCUGCGCCGGGUCUGUUGCAGGCGCCAGCAGCCCAGCCGCCAACGCACCUG